AUGAGUUCCCUUUUACCAUCUAAAACAGUUAAGUUCAAGCUUGCAACUAAAGUAGAAAAUGCUUGCUUUCUGUUUGCCUUCCAGGGCAGUGUCAGCUCCUCUCCAUCUCCAUUUGCCCAGAUGCCAGGUAGCGCGACAUGGGUUACUUGGUCUGGAAACGUGAAAAAUGCAGGAACAGGCCUGUGUCUGAGGCCCGCAGUAGCGGCGGGGUCAAGCUCACCUGGGAAACACUUUCCUCCCCGACCCCAUCGCGGCCACCUCCCCGCGACCCGCCACACACACACCCACACACACCCUGGCUGCACCAGCGAGGCCUCGACCUGUCCAGGAGCCACCAGACGCCCACUCGGUUUCCGUCUGCCCGCAGGCUCGCCGGCCUUGUCGGGCUACUAUGGCGUGCGGAGGUCCUUCCUGUCAGACUCAGACUUCCCCAACGGCAAGCCGUUCCCGAACGACGCCUACAGCCCCGGCGUGGCGAAGCCGUUCCCGUGCGAGGCGGCGCCGAGCCACACGGCCCUGCUGGAGCCCUGCUUCCCCGAGCCCUACGGAGACUACCGCGGCCCGGGCCUGGGCCCUGGCGCGGGCUCGCUGCUCGGCGCCGCGCCGCUGCUGCCGCCCUUCCCGGCAGACCCCGCGCACCUGGUGUUCAGGGAUUCGUGGGAGCAGACGGUGACCGAUGGUCUCAACCAGCCGGAAUCGCUCUCCGCUGACGCCUUGCAGACCAUGCCACCCAGCACCAAUUGCCUCUCGCAGCUGGAGCCCGGGAGUGCCAGCCUACACAGGAGCUCCAGCUGGGCGCCCGCUCUGCCAGCCACCCACUCCUACUCGCUGCAUGCGCUGGAGGAGCUGCACCACCCACCCGGCUACCCCACCCCACCUUCCUACCCCUUUGCCCCAUUCAUGGCCAUGCCAAACGAUCUGCCACCCAAGGCGGCACCGCUGGCCCCGGAUGAGGGGGCAGACGCCUCUUUACUUCCUGACCCUUCUCCUUGGACGAAAGAAGAGGGCGGCACAGCCUGGGGAGCAUAUGAAUGCCGUAGACCUUACUGAGGAAGGCUCUUCCGAACAGAUUGCCCUAGGCAGGUCAGACCACUCGUCACUGGAUCUCCAGGAUAAGUCAUAAAGCCACUCUUUGUGGGUGGCCAACGGCAUCGUAAUUCUCCCUGCCCUACCCAGCUGAAAUUCCUGCACAGCAUCCAUGAAACAGGCAAGGAUUAUUUUAGUGACACAUCCUUACAAGCUCCUUCUCAAAUCUUCUGCAUCCCCUCACC